UAUGUAUGAAAUUAAUCUCACACUGUAUCACCUCUCUUUUUACUUAAUAGUUUAUCGAUUGACAGGUCCAAGGUUUUUUUCUAAAUGGAAAUCUUCCUCCAUACCAUAUAUGGACCACAUUGAUGAGUUCUCAGCAUGGGAUGGACAGCAAAUGAGGCAGUACAUAAUAGCAACUAGUAGCCACUGGCAGAGUGUCUCAAUAUACCAGAAUACAGGAGAGGGACUGAGGCAUUCCCAGACAGUAAUGAUUCCUUGGGCAACAUCUACAAAAAACAUUAAGAUUAACGACACAGUAUACAUCGCUGUAGCCUGCCAUGGUUCCCAAGGUACAGAAAAAAUAGGAGCACGACUUUACAAUUGGACAUUUGAUGAAGACAUUGAAGGGACUCUAACACAAGUACAAACUUUUAAUGAGACUAAUGAGAUCACAUUCGGAAAGACAGCAGGCGAAUUCUUUAUCACUCUUACAAAACUAAAUUAUUAUUUCUCACAAACUGCACCAGUAGCCUCUAAAGUUUAUAAAUGGGAUCCUAAACAUCAUCAGUUCAAUUUUUUUCAAUCUCUAGAGACCGUAUGUGGAAUAAAACCAAAUUUUUUUGACAUCGAAGGUAAUCUCUUUUUAAGCAUUACCUGUGGAUAUAAUAGCUCAUCAAGCAUUGUAAACUCAUUCAUUUACAGGUUGAAUGGAUCCCAUUUUGAGAUAUUCCAGGCAAUACCUUUACCAAAUUCAACAGAAAUGUAUAAUCUCUACUAUACGUAUGCUAAUCCUAGUCACUUCCUAGUGGCUGCCAGUGUAAAUGGACCAUUGGUUGUUUACAGAUUGAGUGACUUCACAGGACAUUUUGAGGUCUUUCAAACUAUUUUAACAUCACAUGUCAUGGCACUCGACAUUUUUUCCAUCAGGGGUGAAUACUUUAUGGCCACAUCUUCAUGGGAUUAUAAGCCAUCAAUUGCAGCAGAUCCUCAUGCGAAAGUAGCUGUUUAUAAAUUCAGUGGAUCCACCUAUAAUUUAUUUCAAGUGAUCAAAACAUUUGAUAUACCAUAUUCUGUUAAAGUGUUUGUUGAUGUCUUCUCUAAUUCCUCGAUGAUGGGAAUACCCCAGGCACUCACUAUUGAUCUCUACAAGUGGAAGGAUCGCUCAAAUAAAUAACUUUGCUUUUCAUUCUUGAUGAUACUUAUUUAAUUAUGCUGUUUAAAUCACUUAUUAGCUUAUGUAGAUUUUAUCCUUUCCUUGAUUUGUUAUUUUGCUUUCUAGUCAUGGUUAAUAUGUAGAUAUUACUCUUUCAAUAAUUUUAAGAAAAUAUUUUAAA